AUGGACUUGUUGUCCGGGACGUAUAUAUUUGCGGUCCUGUUAGCAUGCGUCGUGUUUCAGUCUGGCGCCCAGGAGAAGAAUUACACGGUCCGAGAAGAAAUGCCAGAGAACGUCCUGAUAGGCGACUUGUUGAAAGACCUCAACUUGUCGCUUAUUCCCGACAAGUCCUUAACCACUCCUAUGCAGUUCAAAUUGGUUUACAAAACCGGGGAUGUACCACUGAUUCGGAUUGAAGAAGGUACUGGUGAGAUCUUCACAACAGCCGCUCGCAUUGAUCGUGAGAAAUUAUGUGCUGGAAUCUUGCUGGAUGCCCGUUGCUUUUACGAAGUGGAGGUUGCCGUUUUGCCAGAUGAAAUUUUUAGAUUGGUUAAGAUACGCUUUCUGAUAGAAGAUAUAAAUGAUAAUGCACCAUUAUUCCCGGCAACUGUCAUCAACAUAUCAAUUCCAGAGAACUCGGCUAUAAACUCUCGAUAUUCUCUUCCAGCAGCUAUUGAUCCUGACAUUGGAAUAAAUGGAGUUCAAAACUAUCAUCUAAUUAAGGGUCAAAAUAUUUUUGGUCUUGAUGUCAUUGAAACACCAGAAGGAGACAAGAUGCCACAGCUGAUUGUUCAGAAGGAGUUAGAUAGAGAAGAGAAGGAUACCUAUGUAAUGAAAGUUAAAGUUGAAGAUGGUGGAAUUCCUCAAAGGUCCAGUACAGCUAUUUUGCAAGUAAGUGUUGCUGAUACAAAUGACAAUGGGCCAGUUUUCUUAGAGAAUGAAAUUGAAGUCAGUAUACCAGAAAAUGCUCCUGUAGGUUCUUCAGUAACACAGCUCCAUGCCACAGAUGCUGAUAUAGGUGAAAAUGCCAGAAUUCACUUUUAUUUCAGCAAUCUAGUCUCCAACAUUGCUAAGAGACUGUUUCACCUUAAUACCACCACUGGACUUAUCACUGUCAAAGAACCACUGGAUAGAGAAGAAUCACCAAGCCACAAGUUACUGGUUUUGGCAACUGAUGGUGGAUCAACACCAGCAAGAGCUAUGGUUCUGGUAAAUGUUACAGAUAUCAAUGAUAAUGCCCCAUCAAUUGACAUAAGAUACAUUGUCAAUCCAACCAAUGGCACUGUGCUUCUUUCAGAGAAUGCUCCACUUAACACGAAAAUUGCUCUCAUAACUGUCAUGGAUAAAGAUUCUGAACAUAAUGGUAGAGUGACAUGCUUCACAGAUCAUGAAGUUCCUUUCAGAUUACGGCCAGUGUUCAGUAAUCAGUUCCUCUUGGAAACCGCUGCAUUUCUUGACUUUGAGUCCACAAGAGAAUAUGCUAUCAAAUUACUGGCUGCUGAUGCUGGCAAACCUCCUUUGAAUCAGUCAUCCAUGCUCCUGAUCAAAGUAAAAGAUGAAAAUGACAAUGCUCCAGUUUUCACCCAGUCUUUCAUGAGUCUUUCUGUUCCAGAGAAUAACUCUCCUGGUGCACAGUUGACAAAAGUCAGUGCAACAGAUGCAGAUAGUGGACGUAAUGCUGAAAUAAACUACCUGCUAGGUUUUGAUGCACCACCUGAAUUUGACCUGGAUCGUCGUACAGGCAUCCUGACUGCAGUGAAGAAAUUAGAUAGAGAAAAACAGGAAAAAUAUUACUUUACAGUCCUGGCACAGGACAAUGGAAUUCCACCUUUAAUGUCCAAUGCCACUGUCAUUGUGACUGUUCUUGACCAGAAUGACAACAGCCCAAUUUUCACUCACAAUGAGUACAAUUUCUAUGUCCCUGAGAACCUUUCAAGACAUGGCACAGUAGGGCUUAUCACUGUGACUGAUCCUGAUUAUGGAGAGAAUUCUGCAGUUACUCUCUCCAUCUUAGAUGUGAAUAAUCAGUUCUCUAUUCAUCCACAGACUGGUGUCAUCCGACCAAAUAUUUCAUUUGACAGAGAAAAGCAAGAAUCCUACACUUUCUAUGUAAAGGCUGAGGAUGGUGGUAGGGUAUCACGUUCUUCAACUGCUAAAGUAACCAUAAAUGUGGUUGAUGUGAAUGAUAACAAACCUAUUUUUAUUGACCCUCCUUCCAAUUACUCCUAUGAAUGGGUUCCACCAUCCACAAAUCCUGGUACAGUCAUCUUCAAGGUUGUUGCAAUUGACAAUGAUACUGGCAUAAAUGCUGAGAUUCGUUACAGCAUUGUUGGAGGAAACACAAAAGGACUGUUUAUGAUUGAACAAAUAUCAGGCAACAUCACAUUGAAAGAUAAAUGUGUUGUUUCAGAUCUUGGUUUACACAGAGUGAUAGUCAAAGCUCAGGAUUUAGGACAACCUGAUUCUCUCUUCAAUAUUGUAAAUGUCAAUCUGUUUGUGAAUGAGUCAGUGCCCAAUACUACACUGAUUUAUGAACUGGUACGCAAAAGCAUCGACUCACCUGCGACUGAAAGUACUGAAACAACUAAUGCAUCCUCUCCAAAAACUGACUAUGUGAAGAUAAUGGUUGCCAUUGUUGCUGGCACCAUAACUGUCGUCUUAGUGAUUUUUAUCACUGCUGUAGUAAGAUGUCGCCAAUCCCCACACCUUAAAGCUUCUCAGAAAAACAAACAAAAUUCUGAAUGGGUUACUCCAAACCCAGAAAACAGGCAAAUGAUUAUGAUGAAGAAGAAGAAAAAGAAGCAUCCCCCUAAGAACUUGCAACUUAAUUUUGUUACUAUUGAAGAAGCAAAGCAAGAUGAUGCAGACAAUGAUAGAGCCAGUGUGACACUAGACCUUCCCAUUGAGCUCGAAGAGCAAACCAUGGGCAAAUACAACUGGGACACUACACCUACUACUUUCAAGCCUGAGAGCCCUGAUUUGGCUAGACACUACAAAUCUGCCUCUCCUCAGCCUGCAUUCCAGAUCCAACCUGAAACGCCCCUGAACUCAAAGCACCACAUCAUCCAGGAACUGCCUCUUGAAAAUACUUUCGUAGGCUGCGAUUCCAUCUCUAAAUGCUCUUCUAGCAGUUCUAAUCCCUACAGUGUUUCUGAGUGCACUUAUUCAGUGACAACCUUCAAGACCCCUGUAUCAGUACAUGCUAGACCGACAAUAAAGGAGAUGGUACGAUCUCGCACCCCAAUGAAAGAGGCAACCACUGUGGAAAUCUGGACUCAUCCUCAUCCACAGCGGAGAUCUGAAGGGAGAAAAACAGGAAAGUCCCAGCGACGGGUCACAUUUCACCUACCAGAAGGCUCUCAGGAAAGCAUCAGUGAUGGUGGAUUGGGAGACCAUGAUGCAGGCAGCCUUCCCAGCACAUCCCAUGCCCUGCCUCUUGGAUAUCCUCGGGAAGAGUACUUUGAUCACAGUGCUCCAAGCAACCGCACUGAAGGAGAUGGUAACUCUGAUCCUGAAUCUACUUUCAUUCCUGGAUUAAAGAAAGCUGCAGAAAUAACAAUGCAACCAACUGUGGAAGAAGCCUCCGACAACUGUACUCAAGAAUGCUUCAUUUUGGGCCACUCUGAUUCCUGCUGGAUGCCAGCUACUCUGACCCAAACCAGCCCUCCACAGAUACAGACCUCUGCUCUCUGCCACAGCCCACCUAGAACCCACACAUCUAUUCGUCGCUGCAGCCCUCCAGUAACACAGACCAUCGCUAUCUGCCACAGCCCCCCUGUGACUCAGGCAAUUGCACUGUGCCAUAGUCCUUCACCAGUACAGGCGGCUUCUCUCCACCACAGUCCUACUUUAGCACAGGCUACUGCACACGGUCAUAGCCCACCAUCAGCACAGGCCUCUGCAGUCUGCUACAGCCCACCUCUGGCACAGGCUGUGGUAACUCACCACAGUCCUCCACUGACACAGGCUGUUAUACUCCAUCGCAAUGAGGCCCAAACAACAAUGGGUUUGCAGCAAGGAAGGGUGCAGGGUUCUGAAGCUGAUGGACUGCAUCCGCUUGAUCAGGGAGCACAAGGUAGUACAAGAGCUCAGUUUUACCCUGUGACUGAAAGACACCAUUCAGAUGAUGAUUCAAUCAAAGUCAUUCCCUUGACCACCUUCACUUCAGAUAAACAGGCCAGAUCUUCAAGGAAUGAUUCUCCCAUCAUUGAAGAACAUCCCUUGUAA